AAUGGCUAAUAAUGGCGGGCCGAGCGGAGGGACGAUUAGCCGAAGUGCGGGUGCGUGUGGCCCGCGCCUCGGCGCAGGACCGUUGCGGACCGGGCCGUCGCGCCCGCAAUAAGGCCGGAUCACUGGCCCACCUGAGCCACUCGGGGCCCGAACCCCCGCCCGCCACGGCUCAUCUCGCGCCCACCACCCGCACGCCGCCCCCGCGCCAGUUGACCGCCGCCACCCCCCGCGCGCACCACGCCAUGCCGCGGGCGCACUAACUCGCGCCGCCGCCACCGCCGCCGCCACCACUGGAGUGUCGCUCAGUGGGGAGUCAGCGGCCGCCGCCAUGAACCUGCUGCACCCAGACCGCGGCGCGCUUUACGCUAACAUGCUGGGCACCAUGGGCGGCGCCUCCGCCUCGCUGCCGCAGCGCUCGCCCUUCGCCAUCCAGGAGCUGCUGGGCCUGAGCUCCUCUGAAGGGCACCGCUCCCCGCCCAGCCUCACCACGGGGGGUCUCCCGCACACCAUCACGCCCUCAGCGCUGGGCACAUCCCUGGGCACCUCUGCCUACACCGCCGCCCGCACCCUCGCCUCGCAGGCUUCGCAGCUCCUAGAACCCCUGGGCGUGGGCGCUGGGGCGGGCAUGGGUGCGGGCAUGCGGAGCUACUUCGGACAGUUCAAUCCUUUCAACCAUGCACCACCUCAGAUGCUGGCCCUGGACCCCGCCCUCAGGCACGACUCCCACCACCAGGGCCACACCCACCCAGGUUUCAGCUCUGAGUCGCUGCUGGGGAAGCCGACAGACCAGUCAGGCUUGGGAAUGUCUCGGAAGAAGAAGAAAAAGAGACGUCAUAGGACUAUCUUCACGUCCUACCAGUUGGAGGAGUUGGAGAAAGCCUUCAAGGACGCACACUACCCAGAUGUCUACGCCCGGGAAAUGCUGUCCCUCAAACUGGACCUACCUGAGGACCGGAUACAGGUGUGGUUCCAGAACCGUCGAGCGAAGUGGCGCAAGACGGAGAAGACGUGGGGCAAGAGCACCAUCAUGGCGGAGUACGGCCUGUACGGCGCCAUGGUGCGACACUCCCUGCCGCUGCCGGAGUCCAUCGUCAAGUCCGUGGAGGCGGGCGAGGAGUGUCCGGCGCCCUGGCUCCUAGGUAUGGGUCAGAGUCCAGGGAUGCACCGGAAGAGCAUAGAGGCGGCGCAGCAGCUGCAGAAGGUGGAGGACGAGAAGGACCCGGAGAAAAGCGCUGAUGGCCACGAAGACAAACGUGACCUGAACGGCGGAGAAACUACCGGGGAGGGAAGCGGAGGUGGAGGAGCGACGGGGACGAACUCUGAGGAAGGAGGGGGAGAAGGUGGAGGAGGCGGGGAAAGAGAAGAAGGAGGGGGAGGAGGAGGUGGA